AUGGACAAGCAAGUUCCUGGUCGGAGACACCCGGGAGUGGACGAAACCGGCGAGCAGCUGGAACACACGAUUACCGCAUCUAAUACCAUCACGGUGAUUGAUCCGAGUGAGAACAAAGUCCUUGGAACGAUCCCUCUUGGAGACGAACGACUCGGCAACGACCUAGGACCACAGUAUGUCGACACUGUCAACACCCAUGGGCUGGGCUACUCGCGCGACGGCAAAUACAUCGUAUCGCUUGCGGUCUUGUCCAACACCGUCACAGUGGUCAGAACGUCAGACAAUGUUAUCGUGUCCAAGAGCUACGUCGACCGAGGACCACACGAGGCCUUCUUUGCACCUGACAACCGCACUAUCUGGAUAGGAACCCGGGGUGUUUAUUCUGUCGAUGUGAUCGAUGGCUUCAACGGCACGCUUCUUGACAGGAUCUUCACGGCCAAUGGACCAAGCAAGGUACUCUUCAGCGGCAACGGCACGAUCGCCUGCGUCAACCACAUCUUUGAUGCCAUCAUCAGCGUGAUUGAUGUUCCGAGCAAAAGGGUCAUGUACAACAUAACAGGCCUCGCCGACAGCUUCUCGUCAGACAUGAUGAUCUCGGCGAACGGGGAAUCGCUAUGGGCAGCUCACAAGAUGACUGGCCAAGUCUCGGUCAUCGAUCUGGCGGCUCGUAAAGUCGUCGCAAUCCUGGAUACUGGCAUUGAGACGAACCAUCCGAACUUUGCAGUGAUCAAUGGCACAAAUUACGGCUUUGUCACGGUCGCUGGACUGAAUGUGACGAAGGUGUAUCGGCAGCCGACGGCGGCAGAUAUACCCGUGCUGGUGAAGACCAUUCCCAUGACUGGAAUACAGCCUCAUCCGCUUUGGCCGUCUCCAGACAACAAGCUUAUGUACGUUGCCAAUCAGCACAGCGACAAUAUCGAUGUGAUCGACACCAACAGCUUGGAGAUCAUCGAUAGCUUCAAGAUCGGACAGGAUACGCAGAGCCUGCUCUACAUCUCUCGCGUGGUACCAGAGAAUUCCACUGGCUCCAAGAGCUUGAGCAGGCAGGGUCUAGAUCUUCGAGUAGAGAACCGGCUACUGCCAGUCUAUCCUUGCAACAACUGCAGUCUGCCAUCCAAGGGUCCCGUAAGCCCGUACGUGAACACUCCACAGGCUCUCGUCACCGUCCGACAAACCGCUGGCGUGGACAUGUUCGAGAUCUUGGGGAGAUACCUGGUGCCCAACGCUCUGUACACGGCAUCGGCACUCUGCCACUCCUGCAGCGAAGAGCAAAGGGCUCCGCUGGUGACUUUCAAUGCCAGUACGACAAGAACAGGCUGCGCCUUCAAUGAGCAGGUUCUGGCCUUCCUCAAAUUCUUCGAUGGGUACCAGAUGGACAGCAUUCGGGUGGUGAAGGACGACUAG